CCUUGGGGUAACUUGGGCCAACUUGGGCCAAAGGGACCGCUGCGGGGGGCGGAGGACGGGGCGCGAAGGCGCUGGCCCUUUAAGGGGGGGACGGAGCGCAUGCGCGGCGCGGGCCGGAGUCGAGCCGGGUGGGCGGCUGGCGGGUAGGGGACGCGGUCGGCGGCAGCAGGGCCCAGGGGCGGCGGGGCUGCAGCAGCGGCGGCCCCAGCUUCGCCGAGCCGCGAUCUGCUGGUGGGCUCCGCGUUGGCGGACUGCUCCCCAGGUACCGGCGCACCGCCCGCUGGCGCGGCUUCGUCACUCGCCUCCAGCUACAUCCGCCGGCCGAGGCUGCGUGAGCCUCCGGGCUUGCUGUCCCCGCCCCGCGGUCCUUCCUCCACCCUCAGCCAGGGCAGCGGCAGCCCAAGCGAACAGCCACGGAGCAUCCUCCGCCCGCCCCGGCCGCGCCACCGCCCAUGCUGCAGCCAGUGCCAGGCAGCGACCCCGCGGCCGGAGCCCGCCGCUCGGUGACCUCAGCCUGGCCCCUGCGAGCCGCCCGAGCUGGUCCCGCUGAGCCGCGGGCCCCGUGCCCUGCGAUGGCUCGGCUGGUGCAGCGCGGCGCCAGGUGCUCGCGGUCCUCCCGCUGAGACGCGGCCGGCUGGGGACCCGCUGGGCCUCGGCGCUCUCAGCCUUCGCCUCCCCGCCGCGCCCGCUCCCUUUCUGGGCACUCCGCCGCUGUUUCUGGGGACGCGGGGACAGGGGGCCCAGACAAAGCCCACUUUGUAAGGGGAGUUGGCCGCGGGCGUGGAAUGUGCGCGUCGGCGCGCGCCCCCUCCCCGCGCCCCGCCAGCUGCAAGUCUUGGCUCCCGGACUUGUCUCGUCGCGUCGGAGAAAUCGUCCCCCAGCGCUGCUCUCCCGCCCGGGGGUCCUGGUUCGGAGCUCGCGCGGCCGGGAGUCGCCUCGGUCUCUCCUGGGGCGCGCGCAGAUGUGAGCGUGCGAGAGUUGUGUAGGGGGUUUUGUUCCCUCCGAAACUGAGACCCAGGGCGCCCAGUGGGCACCGGUGCCUUGACUCUGGCCUUUCUGCAGCCGCUGGUCCGAGCUGUCUGGCCUCAGUUUCCCUUCGACUUUUCUCCGCUCUGCCAGCCCUCACUGCUGCCCGUCAUUGUUCUCGCAGUUAGAUGGGGGUGCUUUGUGACGGCUGCCAAGGUGGGGUGUGUUCUCUUUGUCCCAUUUUGCAAACAGAACAAGGCCUCCAAGGCUGACCCCAGACAACCCACCCCCUCGGACCCCACUUCACCGUAUUGCACUGAUUUUUUUUAUCAAGUAGUAGUUUAUUGUACAGGAGCCACGCCCUGAUUUCUUAAAGGCGCCUUGCACUCUGGCCAUGUGUUAUCUCGGCAGCUGGUGUGUGGGAGGCCUCUUGUGAGCCACCUGUUUUCCCGCCUCCACCACCCCCUCGAGGAUUUAGGGAUGCCAGGGGGGAAGAAGGUGGUUGGGGGUGGCAGCAGUGGUGCCACUCCAACAUCCGCUGUGACCACCGCCCCCUCUGGGGUCAGGCGUUUGGAGACCAGCGAAGGAGCCUCAGCCCAGAGAGAUGAGGAGCCAGAAGAGGAAGGGGAAGAGGACCUGCGAGACGGAGGGGUCCCCUUCUUUGUCAACCGGGGUGGGCUACCUGUGGAUGAGGCCACCUGGGAAAGGAUGUGGAAACACGUGGCCAAGAUCCACCCCGAUGGAGAGAAGGUGGCGCAACGGAUCCGUGGGGCCACAGACCUGCCCAAGAUCCCCAUACCGAGUGUGCCUACGUUCCAGCCGUCUACACCUGUCCCUGAGCGCCUGGAAGCUGUGCAGCGCUACAUCAGGGAGCUGCAGUACAAUCACACAGGGACACAGUUCUUUGAAAUUAAGAAGAGCAGACCUCUGACAGGGCUGAUGGACCUGGCCAAGGAAAUGACCAAAGAGGCCCUGCCAAUCAAAUGCCUGGAAGCCGUGAUCCUGGGAAUCUCCCUCGGGCACAUCGCACUCAAUGGUUCUCACGUCUUGUCCUCACCGCACUCUGAGCCUCUGCAGGGCAGGGCUGUGUGUUUCUCAUCGCUUUACCUCACCAACAGCAUGCCCACCCUGGAGCGCUUCCCCAUCAGCUUCAAGACCUACUUCUCAGGGAACUACUUCCGCCACAUCGUGCUGGGGGUGAACUUCGCGGGCCGCUACGGCGCGCUGGGCAUGAGCCGGCGCGAGGACCUGAUGUACAAGCCGCCCGCCUUCCGCACGCUCAGCGAGCUCGUGCUGGACUUCGAGGCCGCCUACGGUCGCUGCUGGCACGUGCUCAAGAAGGUGAAGCUGGGCCAGAGCGUGUCGCACGACCCGCACAGCGUGGAGCAGAUCGAGUGGAAGCACUCGGUGCUGGACGUGGAGCGCCUGGGCCGCGAUGACUUCCGCAAGGAGCUGGAGCGCCACGCCCGCGACAUGCGGCUCAAGAUUGGCAAAGGGACGGGCCCUCCCUCUCCUACCAAGGACCGGAAGAAGGAUGUUUCUUCUCCGCAGCGGGCCCAGUCCAGCCCCCACCGCAGGAACAGCCGCAGCGAAAGACGGCCCUCUGGUGACAAGAAGCCUUCAGAGCCCAAAGCCAUGCCAGACCUCAAUGGGUACCAGAUCCGGGUCUGAGGCGGAUGCCAGCACCCCAGGCCCCACCCACUCCUAGGGGUCAGGAUCCACCUGCUGGAACCAGCCUCAUGCAUGGGGGAAGGCAGGGCUGGUGACGAGGCAGGGCAAGAGGCUACAGCAAGAGCGUGUUCCAGCUCAGCCCCCCAAGCUGCUCCUGCUCCCACUGAGCCAAGCCCCCUAACUUUGGGCCUAGAGGCCGUUAGUAUUUUAUUUGGAGUUUUUAACUCUACAACUGAAGUUUAAGGUAUUUGGGGAAAAUAGUCCAAAUGGAUCUGCUGAUAGUGGGAAGGCCAGUGCUUAGGAGAUCCAUGUGCCAUGGAGCCAGGUGAGAGAGAUUGCUGGUUCUGCUGGUGCCUCUGCCCCUGGCUUCUCUCUGGGAGUUCAGUGCAUCCUAUCAGUGGGAAAUUUCCCAGCCUUACCAGGCCCGUGGUGGGGGGUGGAGGUGGGAUGGAGAUGUUUCUCCAGUUCUGCCUGCCCUGGCAGAAUCUUGACCCAGGGAAAGGGAAACAGGGUAGGAGUCCUCCUGAGAAAGGUUUGUUCCAUUAACCAGGAGCUUGGCACAGGCCACAUCUGCCCCAAGAGCAUGAGCUCAUGGCCUAGGAGAGCCUUCAGGCCCUGGAGGUCCCCAUGGGCAGUGCUGUGUGGGCAGAGGAGGGGUGAUAGGAGAGCCCAGGGAAGGACCUCUGAGCAGAAAGUUCCCAGGGCCUAACCGAGUCUACUUGCUCAGUCCCAGCUCUGCCUGUUGCUCUAGCCCAUGGGCUCCCUGCAGAGGGUCUGGGCUUGGUGAAGGACCCAGAAUGGCACUGAGGCCAGCAUGGCUGUGGGAGUUGAGCAGACCCUGGGCACCAGUCCAGGAGCUGUGGCUGGGCAUGGGUUGAUGGGGUGGGAUGCUUGGGCCUGGGUCUUUCCCCUGGCAGUGCCAGGAGCCCCUGCUGGGGAAAUCAAGACCAGACUAGGAUGCUUGUGUCCCAGGCCUGCCCUGCAUCCUUUAACAGCCCAUCUUGGCUUGGGGUUGCAAUGAUGGCUGGGCCAGUCACUUGUGGCAGGGCAUCAGGGCCCUGGCAGGGAAGAACCUAGGCACCUGGGGUUGUCCCCAGCCUGCCCGUCAGCAUGAGAUACCUGGUGGGAAAGUGAGAGGAUGCAGAGAGGUUGGCAGAGCCGGGGGUAGGUUCUGGAGGCUUAAGCAACAAGGAGGUGCAGGGAAAGGGUGCAGUGCAGCCACUGAGGAGGGACAGCUGGGAACUGGGGGAUGCAAGUGAGAAAGGGAUGUGGGGGAGAGUUUAGGAUCAGGCUGCUUGAGGAGUAAUGGGUUGCCUACAGCAAAGACUAGAUGGCUGUUUGUCAGGAGGCGUAGAAAGGUAGAAAUGAUUCGGGUUAUGGAAGGGUAAAUGGAUGAGAUGACCAUUAAGGUUUUGUUGUUUUACUGAGAGGCUGUAAGGCCACUAGGGGCAGCUGCCAGUAAGGCUGCAGAAGGGCUGGGGGUCUACAUAAGGAAGAUCAGAACUAGGGUUGUAAACUCAAACGACAACAGGGCCAGCAAAUGGUGAGAAGGAGAGCUGCAGGGCUGCGUGGGGACUAUGGCUACCUGAAGAGGGCACACCCUGUUAAAGGGGCCACAGCUGCUCAGCUGUUCUUACAGUGCCAGCCCCGUGUUGCCAGAUUGUCUGCUUUGUCAGAGGCCAGAAUUCUGACUUUUUAUGUGAAAUAGAAUUUUUAAAUGCUGGUGAUCACUUCCAUAAAAACUUAAAAACCCAAUACUGGCAAAAGAGGAUGCCAGUUUGCAAUCCCUGAAGUAGAGAGAGCUCGUGCUGGGGAGAAGUCCACCAAGAUGCUUUGAGGUGGGGUGUAGGAAAGUCCUGUUCCCCAGAGCUGGGCUGGGCCAGGGGAGGAUCCUUGCAGCUGAGGAGAAGGAAAAGCCACUGAGUCCCCUCCCAGAGCAGGACAAACUAGAGGCCCUUUGGAGUUGCUGGGUCAGCAGCAGGGGUGGUGUGGAGUACAGACGGUGUAGCUCUCGGCCUGCCAGGGAGAUGGAUGGUGCCUUCGAAGCAAAGAAAGAGGAAGGGAAGGCAGAGCCAGGGAUGCCUUUGCUGAUGAGAGUGCCUGUCAGGGAAGGCGCCACAGGCUGGCAGCUCUUCAAACCAGCAGCGCUUGACCCAGAGCCAGAUCCAGCAUGGCCUGGCCAGAGGCAUCCUGGGAGGCUAGCUGGUCAGUCCCUUGCCUCCCCAAGUUCCUCCUGGGGUCACUUGAGCCCUGGGAGGUGCCUAACUUCAGCCAGACUAAUAAUAGGCACAUGGUGACCCCUGACUCACCAUCCCAUCCCAGCUUUCAGGGAGUGGGGGUGGUGUGGUCUCCAUGUUCCCACUAUGCCUAAGAAGAGAUGGCUCACCUUGGGAGGUGCCAGGCUGAAACUAGGUCCUUUCUGAGUCUGGAUGCUGCCGUUAAUGAGCAGGGGCGCGGCCUCAGCCACCUCUGGGAGCUUCCCGGGAAUGACAGGGUUUGAGGGGAGUAGAUAUGAGAACACUCCUGGUUCUGGAGUCUUCGGAGGUUCCAACUUGCAGGAUCCUUUCCCAGAGCCCUCCAUGGAGAACACAGCAAAAUGAAGCUCUUACCUGCUUGCUGUCUGCAGGGGAGGGAGCCGAGCCCCAGCUGAUAAUCCCCCAGCACUCACCCUUCCUGAGCUGAGACUUGGGGCUGUGGAGACCAGCACAGGACAUAGUGGUGCUUUUUAAAUUUAUUUUUAACUGUUUCUCAUAUGUAGCAACCCCUCCUCCCCUCCUGGGCGUGUUUACACAGGCUCUGCUCCGGGGGCUGGCCUGGCUGUGAGGUUUCUGGGGAGGCAGAGAGGCAGGGACUUUGGGGCCUUAGUCACCAUCCAUGGUAUCACCUCAUCUCACUUCCUGUGAGGGACGGGGCCUGGCUGAUGGGACCCCAGCUCCCACCAGUUCAGGACUGCCUUCCAGCUCCUUUGCCCCUGGAGGUGGGGGCUGCUGGCUGAGGAGGGGUCAAGGUGAGUUCCAAGAAAGCUACCUGGGGAAAAUGGACCAGGAUUGGGGGCGGUGAUUGCAAAGUCUCCCCAAAGCCUGGCUCCUUGUGCUGAGUGCCAGGGGCAGAACACUGGGGAGCCAGGUAUAGAGAGCCUUCCUGUCGUUAACUGCCAGUCCUCUCCCUCCAAGGCCUCCGCACAUUCUCAUGCUCCCCUCACCCAUCAUGCCAGCCACCCCUAUCCCUCUUCUGGCAGGGCCAAGUUGGGGACAGCAGCAGCCCUCUGGCCUUGGGAUGUGAUGACAAAGCAAGCCUAGGGCCAGGGUUUGGGGAGCAGAGAGAGCUGAGAAGUUGACCACGUGCGAUUUCCAGCCCUUCCCGCUGGGACUUGACUUCCCAGGUCAAGGAGUUGGUCUCAUUCUGGCUGGUGGAGUGCCCAGAGGCCUGUGUGAAUGUGUGCACCUGCUUUUCCUGCCUGAAAUGUUUUCUGGCUCAGCGGCAGCAGCAUCUGCACGCCCACUGUCUGCCCUGUGUCCCUGGGCUCACUCCAAGUGCAGGGACAUGAGUGCCGGGCCCAACGUGAUGAUGGUGUGAAGGGCAGGAAACAGUCCUCUGAAGAAGUGGGAGGUGGGCAGUCUGCCCCCCCAGGUACCAUCGCCUCCUGCCAGCUUCCCCAGACCAGGCAGGGCUGCCAUGGUGCUAGCUGCAAGUCCAUCAGUAUUGACCGUCUGGCUCCAUCUUGGUGCUCCAGAGUCCCAAGUUUCCCUUUUUCAUCACAUCUGACAAGAGAGAAGAAACGUGGGUGUGCUUGGCCCACAGGGCCUGGUGGUGAUGGACCUCCCCUCCCUCAAGCUCUGGAUGGCUGCAGUGUUGCACUAGACUUUGCUCAGGCCCUUCUCAUCUUAGUAUUGCCCCUUCCUUUCACUUUCACACUUCGCUCAUUCCUGUUGUCACUUUCCCCUGAAACGAAUAAAAUCUCCCCAGCUCCUGCUGUGUGGGCUGGGCAGAAACCACAAC